CGCUGUAACACUAGCGUAAAAAUUAAAUAAAAAAUAAUUACUUGUUUGCUCAAGAUGCAGUUAAUGUGAUUUAUUUAGCUUAUAUAUUUAACAAAACAAGUAAAAAUUGUUGCUUUCCUCGGCGCAGCUGUGACAUCACGUUACCGCUCGCGCAUGGCUCGCGCCGCUCAUUGUCGUAGCUGCUGCUAGUUUUUGCAGUGUACUCCGCCUUCAUUAAUUUCGCCCUCGGAAGCAGCCCAUGCGAAAAAUGUCUAUCAAGGUAGCUGUCAGGCUGAGGCCUCCCCAUGAAAGGGAGAUAAACAGGGGCGAAAAGGCCAUCUGGAAGGCACAUGGCGACACAAUAUAUAUGGAAUCUGGAAAAACGAACUCACUCCACACAUUCGCCAUGGCUCCGGAACACGUGCCAAAAGCGGAAAGAAAAAUGCACUGCACCACACGAGUCUCAAGCCUUCGCGUUGGCCUCGUGAAUAAAAGGAACAAAGCGAAUCGAAAGACGCACCGUUCCGCAUCUCUGCACUACCACAAGGCCAAGCUGCACUGACCUCGUUCAUCUCUCUGCACCAGCGGUGUCAACCAACCAAAACACAGGAAACGGGCGCCUGCGACCAUGUUUUUGACUUUACAAGCACCAACCUGGAAGUCUAUCAAAUGUACUGCCACCCAAUUGUGGAGUCAGUUAUGCGAGGCUUCAAUGGAACCAUCAUUGCCUUUGGUCAAACGUCUUCUGGCAAGACCCAUACAAUGAUGGGAAACAGCAGCCAGCCUGGCCUUAUCCCCCUGGCCAUAAAUGCUAUCUUCGACAUCAUCCAAACUGUGCCAGAACGGGAGUACUCAUUACGAGUCUCCUACAUGGAAAUCCAUAAUGAAAAUAUCCUAGACCUCUUGGACAACGGUGAUAGAAAGCACCUGCAGAUCAGAGACAAUGUGGAUGGCCAGCCUGUCAUUGUGGAUUUGACUGAAGUUCCUGUUGACUCCAAGGAAGAAAUUGAGUCUGCAAUGAACAAUGGCGAACGCCGUCGCCACGUGGCUAGCACUGAAGCAAAUCGGAGGAGUUCCCGGUCCCAUUCAAUAUUCAGAAUGGUGAUUGAAAGCAGUCUCAGGGAUGGAACAGAUGGGGCCGUCGCCAUUGGCCAGUUGAACUUAGUAGACCUUGCGGGGUCAGAGCGCACAGAGCAGUGUGGGGACUCAGGAGAACGUUUUCGAGAGAGCACCCGCAUCAACGUCUCUCUCACAUUCCUCACGCAAGUCAUUUCCAAGCUCAGCCGAGGAGAAAGGGGUCACAUCAACUUCAGGAACUCUAAACUGACUCGCAUUCUUAGGAACUCGCUGGGUGGCAAUGCACAUACUGCCAUUGUGUGCACAGUCAACCCAUGCUGCUUGGAGCAGACACUUCGCACUCUCGAGUUUGCAAGCUCUGCAAAGAAGAUUCAGAACAUCCCCAAGGUGAAUGAGAUUGUGACCAAUGAUUCUCAGAUCCGCCGCUAUCACAUGCAAAUUGAAGAGCUCAAGGGUAAAGUGAGGGACUUGGAAGGAAGUACGCUGACUAAGACUCUGCAGGAGAAAAACAGCCAGAUUGACGAGCUCAAGAACCAGGUUCGGUCGUUGGAGAAGAAGCUGCUUGUCUCCACCCUCCCACAGUGCCGGAAGCAGCGUCGAGAGACAUGGGCUGCUCCAAGGAGGAUAGAUAGCCCACCUGGAGCCCCGCAGCUCCCUCUGCCCUUUUUCAGAGCUUUGCCUGCUAGCAAAGCUGUGAAAAGUCCGGAGGUGUCUGUAGAGCGGGGUCGGCUAUCAACUGUCAUGGCAGAAAGUGAUUCAUCGUUUCACGCCAUUUCCUAUGAUGACUUUGAAGGGCAACUUCAGAGAGAAGGGAGGAUUCAAAGGUCAGCUGUUCACUCAACGGACAACACGCUGGGUUCUCAGAGUGCUUGCAGGAACACCGCGUGUGCUGAAAGGAUUGCAUUCCUGGAGAAUGAGCUCAGCAUUGUGACAAAAGAAUACAAAGAGCUGGAAGAAAUGACUAGACUGGAACAUUUAAUGUGCACGACAUCUCGACGGCCCGCUUCAUCAGACAAGCUAGGUGAAACAGAAAGUGCAGCACCGAUCUUACCAUCUGAAUCCACACAGAAAUCCCCACUGCUUAUUUCAGCUGAAAAGACAGAUUGGGCACAGAGCACACCAAUCUCCCGUCUGAAUGAAUGCUGUGUCCAGACGCUAUUGGCUUCCAGGAAAAACCUGCCUUGUGCAAGUUGUAUGAGUGGUACUUUCUUUAGCCCAUUGGCUGUCAGUUCUGCCCUGGCUGAGCAUGAUGACAGCUCAAAAGCCAGCCUACCUACCACUAGCCCAGAGGGUUGCCAGAAGGGAGAAUCUACACAAGGGUCAAGUUUGCAUACACCAAGAACUGUGCUAUGGUCAUCCCAACAUUCCCCAGCUGCCUGCAUUGAUAACACACCUGCUAGCCUCUCGGAAACUCGGCAAGGAGUCAAUCAAGAAGUGUCCAAGCCCUUGUGUUCUGCCAACGCCACACAAACUGACGACAUUCAGUGUCUGCAGGCACCUUGGCACAUACAAACACUGUCCAUUAAGACAGAAGACAGUGGCAUGUUCCAGCAAGUUCAAGUGCCCACAGUAGAUACAAUGUGCCAGACUGACUCUGAUGUGGGAGAAGCAUCAAGGCCUCUAAUGAUUGAGCUGUCUGGAAACAAUGCUGCCGUGCAUCUAAAUGACUCAACAUUAGAUGUUAAUUACCACAAUAAAACUCUCACGAAGCCUUCAGGAAUCCAGACCUCUGAUUUGUGUUGCAAUAUAGUUGAAGGACAGUUGGGAAGACCGGAGCUUACAGAUGCAGCAGUCUCUUGCCACCUCUGCUUCGAACAGCUUGUUGAAUGCCACGUUCAGACUGAGCCUUUUGCAACAGUAUGCAGUGCCAUGGAGGUGGCCAAGCAGGAGGCAGAAUGUGUGUUUACUGGUGUUGGCGUUCAGGUGUCUCCUGUUAAGAUUUGUUCUGUACAGAGUUGUGGUGUCCAAACCUUUGUGGAUGCAAAGGACCAUGAAUCGCAAGUGAACACAUCUUUGGCUGACAACUACAGAGCAGAUUUCGGAACCCAGGCAGUGAUGGCAAUGCCAAGCGGCAUUUGCUGUGGUGUUCAAGCCAUUCCAGAUGUUGAGGACUAUGCUUCACAAGUGAGAACGUCAUUUGCUCCAGUCCAGGCCAUGGCUGAGGUGCUGAACCAUGGUUCGCAAGUGGACGUGCAAUUCACGAGGAAUGGAGCAACAGACUGUGCUGUGCAGUGCGAGUUGCUAGCACCAGAUGAUGACAUAGAAACACCAGCUCCUAAUGCUGUAGGUUGUGAAGUGCAGGCCACAUUACUGGUACAAGGGUGUGCAACACAGACAGAACAGUGCCUUUUGCAUUGUGAUCUCAGAGAUAGCGAUGUGCAGGUUGCACCAUCUAUGCGAGACAGUGCGGUGCAAGUUGAACAACCUUCUAGAAGCAACAUGCUGCACUGUAGUGUGCAGACUACAUUGCAGUCCUUUUGUGAUAGCUCUACACAAACAGAGUGCCAAGUACCUCAAGCUGUAGGAGUUACCUGUGAAGUGCAGGCUGUUCCAGUGACCAGAAGCUGUGCAUCACAGGUGAAUGCAUCCCUGACGUCACAGGUCACACCUGUUUCGAAAUCGGCUACUACUCCUUUUGCCACAGGUGGCAGUAGCCAGUUCAGGAUGUUCUCCGUCAAAAGCAUUCCAGCAAAUAGGCCUAAAAAUUCGAUGCCGUUAGAUGCUUCGGCAUCCAAUUCAGCAAGUGGAAGCACGAGACGUCAGCAGUUCAGCCAUCCUGGCGGUGAUAUCCUGGCGACUCUCCAGGCCAGUCAGCGUAAAUUUGUCAAAGAUGGGGAAGGCGGUGUAUUCUCAUCAUCUGGUCACCAAAAGGUUGCAGACCAGACCUCUCCAGCACCGUCAACUCCAGCCUUGGGAAGGAAAACCUGGCUUCAACAAAGUAAAAUGGUCAGAGUAUCUGUUGCUGUCCAGGUAGACAUCUGGAGUGUGCAAGAAAUGCAAGAACUUCAUCAGGAAAGGAGCUGCAUGCAGUUUCGCAUGGAAAAAUAUAAAAAAGCAUCGCAAGAAUGGGAGUUCAAGUACAAGCUUCUGGAGAAGGCUGUUAAGAAGCAAGAGAAAGAGCUUAACGCCGUAAUCCUCCAGCUGACAAACAAGGAUGCGGACACGUCAGUAGUGGCUGCCGGUGGCAGUCAGGUUGCAGCAGCAACUUCGGCAGGAGGCGAGGCCCUUCGGAAACCAGGGGCGCCAGCCAAGCCCCUGGCCACCAAGUCCACGGCAUCUCUGGGCCAGCAGCUCAAGACCAUGACUCCCCGUUCACGGGAGGGCGCUCGACUCCACUACUUUGGUCGGGGUCUGAAGCAGCAGGCCAUUGCUGAGGAGGUGCACAUGGCACAGUGUAGGGCCUCCGCUGCCUCCAAAACCGAACAGCUGGCACACGCAAAGAGAAGGCAUCGGGCCUUGGCCGAGCUCGGUUCACGUACGGGAAAUGCUGAGCCAAGAAGCCCGUUAAAGGAAGCCAACCAGAAGAGCCACAGUUCUGCAGAAAGUGCCAAAGAGGAAAUACUGGACGAGAUGGUGUAUUGGCCACGGAUGAAAUUUUUAAUGGACGACAAAGAGAAUGAAGACUCACCACAGUGAUUGUAGUUGCCCUGUACAAAGGGUGUACUUACCCUGCUGGUACCUGCAUGAUUUUAAUUAGUUUUGGCUUUUGACUUCUGAAUUCAGAUGGCAUUUAUUUAAUGUGACUUGUAUCAAAAGUUUUUCAACUACUGUUCAUGACAAGAACUUCUGUAGGCUGUAUGGCAAGGUAUUCGUGGUGCACCAAGCCCUGCGAAAUGGGCAAAAGACUCCUUACUGUCAAGAAUUCAUUGACAUAAGCGUUGAGGUACACUGUAGUACUUCAAUAGCACAGAGCAAGAAUUAUUCAGGAGGUGAAACAGCCCUUCUCCUUGCAACUCAAUAUGGUCACUGUGCAGGGCGUGGUGCAAUGGUUCCCUCUCUUGUACGCCUUUCACAGUGAAAAGGAUAAGGUGCGGAGAGCAUGCACUGAUUAAGGGUCAUUCUGGCGCUCGCCACUUUUGAGACAAAAAGAGGUGCUUUCUUAAUACGAGUUGUAAAGCAACAGAAGGCACGAUUUCUUUUUUUUUAUUUCGAAAGCCAGUAUUGGUCGGAGCACCUUCACUUCUUAUUUUUGCAAGAAUACAUAUAUUCUACAGUGGCACGUUAGCUGGAAAAAGCAGUACAUCUGGCAUCUUCCACGACUUUUGGCAGAUCAGUGCAUUAAGAACUAUGUAUUUUUGGUCAAGACAAUGUCUUGUUCUCCUGCAAACUUAUCUAACAAGCCUAUGUGAGGUGAUGAAUCACAUGUCUGUGGUCCAAUUUGUGCAUGUACAUUUGCGAUAGAGUUACAGGUGCUGUAGCAUCUGGUGUCAUGGUUGGCUACUUCACUGCUACUGGUGCUUGCACUCAAAGGGUUCCAAUUAAGAAUAAAAGAACUGCUGUCCACGAACUCUAGAAAACAUCGGAGGUGACAGGAUGCACCAUCGAUUUUCUACAGGUCUCUUCACCUUACCGCUCACCGUAGUACUGCUUUCUCUGUAUAUAUAAAUUUAUUGUUGCAACCAUAGUCCUAAUGUGAGCUCUCAAUAUUUCCUUGGAAUGCUACGAGCACACGCUUGCAAUCGUGCUGGUUCACUGGGAACUUUAAGGGUAAUUUUCUUUUCCCUACAGGACGCGUAACCAUUGCCGUAUUUCAGUGCAAUGUAUUUGCACCCCAUACUCAAAUCGUGCAGAUGGAAGGUGCUUGCCUUUGCUGUCAUGAAGAUCCUGGUCUCUUGGUCACAUGGGGAGCCUGCUGAAAGCCAUUGCAAUGUAAUACAAGAGCAACUGCUAAAGCACAUGGCUACAAAGAAAAGCAGCAGUCAGUGCUAGCCGCGAAAGCUUGCACAGCUCAUCACACCCUGCCCAGAUCAGAGCAAUCGCAGCAUUGUUUCACGAGGACAUCUGCCCACGUAAUCAAAAAGCAUGCAGGUUAGUAACUUUGUGGCAUUGGCAGGCACUCUCUGCUGGCGAGUUGCUGCUAACAUUUCUUUUGAGAUGAUUUGUGGCACGUAUUUGGAGCAGUAUCUAGGAAUAACUAUGCAUGAAAUUCAGCAAAGUUUGCUAAGUAUCGAGCAUUAGCAUAGUUUUUUUCAUGAGCCACUUCCAUCAAAGCGCAUGUAAACAACGGAAAUGUUAUGACGCACUGGAAACAUUUGGUUUCGUCCUCGCAUGGUGUGACGCUACCGUGCCGCCCGAGUGCAUUGGCAUUGUUGGUUGGCACAGGUAAAAGGAUUCUCCUUCUGAAUAAUUCUUGCACUGUGGUCGAAAGUUCAAGGUGCUGGCUAGGCCCCUAUAAUGUUUCCACAUUUUCCAAAAAACAAGUGUGAGAGAGCCCGCCCACCUUCGCAUUUUUUUGCUGCAAGGCAUACUGUGGUAGCCCCACAGGAGGAGGAGGAGGAGGAACUUUAUUAUUGCAGGAACCGUUGCGCGGUUUAUUCCUGGGUGCUUCCCUCUGACACCUUACCACCCCACAGGAAAGUCCAUCGAGAGAUCUUUCCACUCACGGAGCAGCUUCAGAACUUUUGACAUAACCAGUAGACAACGAGCUUCAUGAAAAUCCAAGCUGGCUCAGGCCGGACUUGCUGUGACCAGGAAACUUUCCAAAAGCUGGUACCUGCCACGAUUAGUAAGUUGACUGUAAAUGGACUAGACUGGUUGGUGCUGGCUGAGAUUAGUAUACGCAAGUACAGAUGCGAGGUGGUGAUUUAGAUGGAAAGUCCUCGGAACUGGCAAUUUUUUAUUGUUUCUACUGCUGCAAGUUGUUUCUUGUUCAUAAAAUGCAAAUAUAAGUCGUUUACUGUUCUUUUUUGUCUUGCUGUUGAAUUUCUUUUCUACCAGUGCAACCAUGUAGUCAUUCAUAAAUUUUCAUUAUAAGAAAGACUAAGUCAAGCUAGUUCAUUUGAAACUGUUAUCAUAAUAAUAUUAUGAUAAUGAUAUGUUAUUAUUAUUAUCAUGAAACUUAUGAUAUCACAAUAAAUUUGGAUUUGCCUUUGGAGUCCUUUGCCCAUAGCUUGAGGGUGACUAAAAAUGUGGCAUCAUCUUCAUUAUACAUUGUACCAUGCAUGCAAAUAAUUACACUUGCCACCUCUUACCAGGUCCCACAAGGUCACAUUUCUCUCCAGGGUCCAUCUUGUCAUUGCACACUUCACACAUUUGCAAAGAUUUUAAUGAACGGGAACAACGUCCACAGGUGCAUUUUCCAUGCAAAGAAGUUUCUUCUGGGUGGUAACCUAUCUAUGCUACUCUUGUGCAGAUGGACUUCCGCAGUGCAUCUCAGAUCAAGUACCGCAAUGUUGCCUUGUCAACCUUGCUACUGAAAAUUUAUUUUAAAUCUUUUUGAUAGCAGGAAUGCACUGUUUUCACAAUCUAGUAAACUAUAGUAGGGUAAAACUUUAGGAGGUAGUGGCAUUUGCCCCUCAAAGGUGGAUGCAUAUUAGCCUCCACCAAUGGGUGUGCACUCUAGACUGCGAAGGUAUUUUUUUAUGCAUUGUUACAUGUUUGCAUAGAAGCUGUGCUGAUAUCCAGCUACAACACUGUACAAACAACUCUUACUGAAAGUUGUAGUGUUGUCUUGUUUCCUAUUUGAGUUUUCCUCUGGUUUACUACUGAACAUAUAAUUUGUUCUGGGUGGUCACACCCAGAACAAAUUAUUUAAGGGAAAAGCUGUCACACACAAUGCCAAUGCUUCUAAAUAAAUAUAAUAAUCUAGGCGUUGAUAUCACCCAAAUAAAAGCCCAAUAACUGAGAGACUUGUAUAUGCAGGAUUUUUAAAUUACUGGUUGAGUGUACAUCCUCUCUGCUAGUAUGUAUAUAAAGUGUGUAUAUAUGCUUCUGUAUAUGUGUGUAUGUAGGUAUGCAUACGAGUGUGUAUGCAUAAACGGGUAUAUGAAUGCAUGUGUGUGUAUAUACAUGUGUGUAUAUAAUGUUCAGCGGCGUAUUCUUGUCUCAUUUGUAUUCACCACGAGAACCACACAAGCUACCCUAAGUAUUUUUGGGUUAGUCACCAGUGGCUCUGUAUGGAUAUGGGUGUGCAUGUGUAUAUGCGAGUGUGUGGGUUCAUGAGAGUAUAUACGAGUAUGUGUAUAUAUAUGUAUGUAUACAUAUGUAUAUGUGUAUGUGUAUAUAUGUAUGUAUGAUGCAUAUGUGUUUGCAUGUAUGCUGUUGCCGAAUAUUCUGUAGAGGGGGCUGCGGGCCUCGUCAUGCUGCCUACUGUAGCAGCUUUUACUUGCAGCCUCCUCCAUCAAGUAGAUGGAAAUAAAGCUAUUCUAUUCUA